AUGCAGAAAGCCCGGGGCGCGCGAGACGAGGCAGCGGGUACGAGGGCACCCCCCAGCCCUGGGGUGCCCCCGAAGAGGGCCAAGGUGGGGGCCAGCGGAGGAGCCCCGGAGGCCGCGCCCGGGGCGCCGGUCUUCCUGCGGCCCCUGAAAAACGCGGCGGUGCUCGCGGGCAGCGACGUGAGGCUGCGGGUGGCGGUGAGCGGGACGCCCCAGCCCAGCCUCAGCUGGUUCCGGGACGGGCAGCUCCUGCCCCCGCCGGCCUUGGAGCCCAGCUGCCUGUGGCUGCGGAGCUGCGGGCCGCGGGACGCCGGCGUGUACAGCUGCAGGGCCCAGAACGCGCGGGGCGAGGCCUCCUGUGAGGCUGUUGUCACAGUGCUGGAGGUCGGAGACUCGGAGACGGGUGAGGAUGACAUCAGCGAUGUGCAGGGGACCCAGCGCCUGGAGCUUCGGGAUGACGGGGCCUUCAGCACCCCCACGGGGGGCUCCGACACGCUGGUGGGCACCUCCCUGGACACACCCCCAACCUCCGUGACAGGCACCUCUGAGGAACAAGUGAGCUGGUGGGGCAGCGGGCAGACGGUCCUGGAGCAGGAAGCGGGCAGUGGCGGUGGCACCCGCCACCUCCCGGGCAGCCCAAGGCAAGCACAGGCAGCCGGGGCCGGGCCACGGCACCUGGGGGUGGAGCCGCUGGUGCGGGCAUCUCGAGCUAAUCUGGUGGGCGCAAGCUGGGGGUCAGAGGAUAGCCUUUCGGUGGCCAGUGACCUGUACGGCAGCGCAUUCAGUCUGUACAGAGGACGGGCGCUCUCAAUCCACGUCAGCGUCCCUCAGAGCGGAUUGCGCUGGGAGGAGCCGGACCCUCAGCCUCAGCCGGCCAGCGAAGCCCCGCGCCGCCCGGCUCUGCCGCCACCCUCCAAGUCCGCGCUGCUCCCCCCGCCAUCCCCUCGGGUGGGAAAGCGGCCCCCGCCCGGGCCCAGCGCCCAGCCCCCGGCGCCCCCCACGUCGCCACACCGGCGCACGCUGGAGUCUGUGCUGCCCGAGGACACCACCGCCGAAGAGAAGCGGGGGAGAAAGCCCAAGUCGUCGGGGCCCUCGCUGGCGGGCACGGCGGAGUCUCGGCCACAGACGCCCCUGAGUGAGGCCUCUGGCCGCCUGUCGGCGCUGGGCCGCUCGCCGCGGCUGGUGCGCGCCAGCUCCCGCAUCUUGGACAAGCUGCAGUUCUUCGAGGAGCGCCGGCGCAGCCUGGAGCGCAGCGACUCGCCCCCGGCGCCGCUGCGGCCUUGGGUGCCCUUGCGCAAGGCCCGCUCGCUGGAGCAGCCCAAGUCCGAGGGCGGCGUGCCGUGGGGCAGUCCCGGGGCUUCACAGGAGGAUCUCCGGGCAGCGACGGGCAGCGUGGCCGAGCGGCGCCGGCUGUUUCAGCAGAAGGCCGCUUCACUGGACGAGCGCACGCGGCAGCGCAGCCCGGCCUCGGACCUCGAGCUGCGCUUCGCCCAGGAGCUGGGCCGCAUUCGUCGCUCGGCGUCGCGAGAGGAGCUGGUGCGCUCGCACGAGUCCCUGCGCGCCACGCUGCAGCGCGCCCCGUCCCCGCGAGAGCCCGGCGAGCCCCCACUCUUCUCUCGGCCCUCCACGCCCAAGACCUCGCGCGCCCAGAGCCCCGCCACCACCCCGCAGCCCCCUUCGAGCGUUGGGAGCAGGCCUGGGGACGAGCCAGGGAGGCCCCGGAGCCGCGGGCCGAGGACGGAGCUAGGGGAAGGGCCGCAGCAGGAGGUUAGGCGCCGGGACCAAUUCCCGCUGACCCGGGGCAGAGCCAUCCAGGAGUGCCGGAGCCCGGUGCCGCCCGCCGCCGCCGAGCCCCCCGAGGCCAGGACGAAAACCCCCUUGGGUCGGAAGCGGGAGCCCCCGGCGCAGGCCGUGCGCUUCCUGCCCUGGGCCACGCCGGGCCAGGAGGGCGCUGCAGUGUCCCAGACCUUGGAGAAAAACAGGGCGGGGCCUGAGGCCGAGAAGAGGCUGCGCAGAGGGCCUGAGGAGGACGGGCCCUGGGGGCCUUGGGACCGCCGAGGGCCCCGCAGCCAUGGCAAAGGUCGCCGGGCCCGGCCCACCUCCCCUGAACUCGAGUCUUCAGAUGACUCCUAUGUGUCAGCUGGAGAAGAGCCCCUGGAGGCCCCUGUGUUUGAGAUCCCCCUGCAGAAUAUGGUGGUGGCACCAGGGGUGGACGUGCUGCUUAAGUGUAUCAUCACCGCCAACCCCCGGCCCCAAGUGUCUUGGCAGAAGGAUGGGUCAGCGCUGCGAAGUGAUGGCCGCCUUCUCAUCCGGGCGGAAGGUGAGAGGCACACCCUGCUGCUCAGGGAGGCUCGGGAGGCUGACGCCGGGAGCUACACGGCCACUGCCAUCAACGAGCUGGGCCAGGCCAGCUGUGUGGCCGCACUGGCCGUGAGACCUGGUGGGUCCUCGUCCCCUUUCAGCAGCCCCAUCACCUCUGACGAGGAGUACCUGAGUCCCCCAGAGGAGUUUCCGGAGCCUGGGGAGACCUGGUCCCCCACCCCCACCAUGAAGCUCAGUCCCAGCCAGAACCACCGCUCUCCUGACACUGGCUCCAAGGCACCCCCCACCUUCAAGGUCUCACUCAUGGACCAGUCGGUAAGAGAAGGCCAGGAUGUCACUAUGAGCAUCCGAGUGCAGGGGGAGCCCAAGCCUGUGGUCUCCUGGCUGAGAAACCGCCAGCCUGUGCGCCCAGACCAGCGGCGCUUCGCAGAGGAGGCAGAGGGUGGGCUGUGCCGGCUGCGGAUCCUGGCGGCCGAGCGGGGCGAUGCUGGCUUCUACACUUGCAAAGCGGUCAAUGAGUAUGGAGCCCGGCAGUGUGAGGCCCGCCUGGAGGUCCGAGCACACCCUGAAAGCCGGUCCCUGGCCGUGCUGGCUCCCCUGCAGGACGUGGACGUGGGGGCCGGGGAGAUGGCGCUGUUUGAGUGCCUGGUGGCGGGCCCUGCCGACGUGGAGGUGGACUGGCUGUGCCACGGCCGCCUGCUGCAGCCCGCGCUGCUCAAAUGCAAGAUGCAUUUCGACGGCCGGAAAUGCAAGCUGCUGCUCACCUCCGUGCACGAGGACGACAGUGGCAUCUACACCUGCAAGCUCAGCACGGCCAAAGAUGAGCUGACAUGCAGCGCCCGGCUGACAGUGCGGCCCUCACAAGCACCCCUGUUCACGAGACUGCUGGAGGACAUGGAGGUGCUGGGAGGCCGUGCAGCCCGCUUUGACUGCAAGAUCAGUGGCACCCCGCCCCCGUCCGUCUCCUGGACUCACUUUGGUCGUCCGGUGGAGGAGAGUGAGAACCUGAGGCUACGGCAGGACGGGGGUCUGCAUUCACUGCACAUCACCCACGUGGGCAGCGAGCAUGAGGGGCUUUACAUGGUCAGUGCCACCAACGCUCACGGCCAGGCCCACUGCUCGGCCCAGCUCUACGUGGAGGAGCCACGGUCAGCUGCCUCAGGCCCCAGCUCGAAGCUGGAGAAGAUGCCGUCCAUCCCUGAGGAGCCGGAGCAGGGUGAGCUGGAGCGGCUGUCUAUACCUGACUUCCUGCGGCCGCUGCAGGACCUGGAGGUGGGACUGGCCAAGGAGGCCCUGCUGGAGUGCCAGGUGACCGGCCUGCCCUAUCCCACCAUCAGCUGGUUCCACAAUGGCCACCGCAUCCAGAGCAGCGAGGACCGGCGCAUGACGCAAUACAGGGAUGUACAUCGCUUGGUGUUCCCUGCCGUGGGGCCCCAGCAUGCUGGUGUCUACAAAAGUGUCAUCGCCAACAAGCUGGGCAAAGCUGCCUGCUAUGCCCACCUCUAUGUCACAGAUGUGGUUCCAGGCCCUCCAGAUGGUGCUCCACAGGUAGUAGCUGUGACCGGGAGGAUGAUCACACUCACAUGGAACCCCCCUAGGAGUCUGGACAUGGCCAUUGACCCAGACUCCUUGACAUACACGGUGCAGCACCAGGUGCUGGGUAUGGACCAGUGGACGGUGUUGGCCACGGGCCUGCGGGAGCCUGGAUGGGCAGCCAUGGGGCUGCGUAAGGGAGUCCCGCACAUCUUCCGGGUCCUCAGUACCAGUGGCAAGAGCAGCAGCAAGCCCUCGGCCCCCUCGGAGCCCGUGCAGCUGCUGGAGCGUGGCCCGCCCCUGGAGGAGGCCCCUGCCGUGCUGGAUAAGCCCGACAUCGUGUAUGUGGUGGAGGGGCAGUCCACCAGCAUCACCGUCACCUUUAACCAUGUGGAGGCCCAGGUCGUCUGGAGGAGCUGCCGAGGGGCCCUCCUAGAGGCACGGGCCGGUGUUUACGAGCUGAGCCAGCCAGAUGAUGAUCAGUACUGUCUUCGGAUCUGUCGCGUGAGCCACCGAGACAUGGGGCCCCUUACCUGCACAGCCCGCAAUCGCCACGGCACACAGGCCUGCUCUGUCACCCUGGAGCUGGCAGAGGCCCCACGGUUUGAGUCCAUCAUGGAGGACGUGGAGGUGGGGGCUGGAGAGACUGCUCGCUUUGUUGUGGUGGUGGAGGGGAAACCCCUGCCAGACGUCAUGUGGUACAAGGAUGAGAUGCUGCUGGCAGAGAGCAGCCACGUGAGUUUUGUAUACGAGGAGAACGAGUGCUCCAUGGUGGUGCUCAGCACGGGGGCCCAGGACGGAGGCGUCUAUACCUGCACUGCCCGAAACCUGGCAGGCGAGGUCUCCUGCAAGGCCGAGUUGGCUGUGCGUCCAGUUCCGACAGCUAUGGAAGUUGAGGGGGCUGGGGAAGAUGAGGAGCAGCGGGGAAGGAGGCUUAGUGACUUCUAUGACAUCCACCAGGAGAUCGGCAGGGGUGCCUUCUCCUACCUGCGCCGCGUGGUGGAACGUAACUCCGGCCUGGAGUUUGCGGCCAAGUUCAUCCCCAGCACGGCCAAGCCAAAGGCAUCAGCACGACGGGAGGCCCGGCUCCUGGCCCGGCUGCAGCACGACUGCGUCCUCUACUUCCAUGAGGCCUUCGAGAGACGCCGAGGACUGGUCAUUGUCACCGAGCUCUGCACAGAGGAGCUGCUGGAGCGAAUGGCCAGGAAACCCACCGUGUGUGAGUCCGAGAUCCGGACGUAUAUGCGGCAAGUGCUAGAGGGAAUAUGUUACCUGCAUCAGAGCCAUGUGCUGCACCUGGAUGUCAAGCCUGAGAACCUGCUGGUCUGGGACGGUGCUGAGCGGGAAGAACAGGUGCGCAUCUGUGACUUCGGGAAUGCUCAGGAGCUGACCCCAGAAGAGCCCCAGUACUGCCAAUAUGGCACACCUGAGUUUGUGGCUCCCGAGAUUGUCAACCAGACCCCCGUGUCCGGCGUCACUGACAUCUGGCCCGUGGGUGUCGUGGCCUUCCUCUGUCUGACGGGAAUCUCCCCAUUUGUUGGGGAAAAUGAUCGGACAACACUGAUGAACAUCCGAAACUACAAUGUGGCCUUUGAGGAGACGACAUUCCUGAGCUUAAGCAGGGAGGCCCGGGGCUUCCUCAUCAAAGUGCUGGUGCAGGACCGCCUGAGGCCUACGGCAGAGGAGACCCUAGAACAUCCUUGGUUCAAAUCACAGGCAAAGGGCGCAGAGGUGAGCACUGAUCACCUGAAGCUGUUCCUCUCCCGACGCAGGUGGCAGCGCUCCCAGGUCAGCUACAAGUGCCACCUGGUACUGCGCCCCAUCCCUGAGCUGCUGCGGGCCCCCCCGGAGCAGGUGUGGGUGGCUGUGCCCAGACGCCCACUGCCCAGUGCGGGGCUGUCGUCCUCCUCGGACUCGGAAGAGGAAGAGCUGGAGGAACUGCCCUCAGUGCCCAGGCCGCUGCAGCCCGAGUUCUCAGGCUCCCGGGUGUCCCUCACUGACAUUCCCACUGAGGAUGAGGCCCUGGGAACCCCAGAGGCAGGAAUUGCCACCCCCAUGGACUGGCAGGAGCAGGGAAAGGUUCCCUCUGAGGACCAGGAGACCCUCAGCCCCCAGGCCCUCCCCUCCCCAGGCCAGGAGUCCCCCACUGGGCCUGGCCCUAGGCGGGGUGAGCUCCGGAGGGGCAGCUCGGCUGAGAGCGCCCUGCCCCGGGCCGGGCCGCGGGAACCAGGCCGGAGCCUGCACAAGGCCGCGUCUGUGGAACUGCCGCAGCGCCGGAGCCCCAGCCCGGGGGCCACGCGCCUGGCCCGGGGUGGCCUAGGGGAGGGCGAGUAUGCCCAGAGGCUGCAGGCCCUGCGCCAGCGGCUGCUGCGGGGAGCCCCUGAGGACGGCAAGGUCAGCGGCCUCAGGGGCCCCCUGUUGGAGAGCCUAGGGGGCCGUGCCCGAGACCCCCGGCUGGCGAGGGCCGCCUCCAGCGAAGCGGCGCCCCACCACCAGCCGCCGCCUGAGGCGCGGGGCCUGCAGAAAAGCAGCAGUUUCUCGCAGGGGGAGGCAGAGCCCCGGGGCCGGCAUCGCCGCGCCGGGGCACCCCUUGAAAUCCCUGUGGCCCGCCUAGGGGCCCGCAAGCUGCAGGAGUCCCCCUCCCUGUCCGCCCUCAGCGAGGCCCAACCGCUCAGCCCUGCGCGGCCAAGCGCCGCGAAGCCCAGUGCCCCCAAGUCUGCAGAACCUCCCACUGCCAUGCGCAGUGGCGCCCCACAGCCUGUGACACCCCAGCCGAUCCAAGAGAGGACCCCCAAGCCCACGCCGGAAGCAAUUCGGGCUCCCAAGCCUGCGCAGCCCCCGGCGACUCUGCCCAGUCCCGCGCCGCAGCUCACGCCCUACGCCCAGAUCAUGCAGUCGCUCCAGGUGCCGGGCCACGCCCCGGCCCUCUCGCCGGAGCCCAAACCCCACGCGGCUGUGUUCGCCAGGGUGGCCUCCCCGCCCCUUGGAGCGCCCGAGAAGCGCGUGCCAUCAGCCGGAGCGCCCCCAGGGGUGGCCAAGAAAGCAGUGGUACCCAAGGUGCCCCCCAGGCCAGGCAGCAGCCUAAGCGGCAGUAUCGAGAACCUGGAGUCGGAAGCUGUGUUCGAGGCCAAGUUCAAGCGCAGCCGUGAGUCGCCCCUGUCGCGGGGGCUGCGGCUGUUGAGCCGCUCACGCUCGGAAGAGCGCGGCCCCUUCCGCGGGGCCGAGGACGACGACGGCAUGUACCGGCCCAGCCCGGCGGGGACGCCACUGGAGCUGGUGCGAAGGCAGGAGCGCUCGCGCUCAGUGCAGGACCUCAGGGCUGCCGGCGAGCCUGGCCUCGUCCGCCGCCUGUCGCUGUCGCUGUCCCAGCGGUUGAGGCGGACCCCGCCCGCGCAGCGCCACUCGGCCUGGGAGAGCCGCGGCGGGGACGGGGAGAGUUCGGAGGGCGGCAGCUCUGCGCGAGGCUCCCCGGUGCUGGCGGUGCGCCGGCGGCUCAGCUCCACGCUGGAGCGGCUCUCGAGCCGUCUGCAGCGCAGUGGCAGCAGCGAGGACUCGGGAGGCGCGUCGGGCCGUAGCACGCCGCUGUUCGGACGGCUGCGCAGGGCCACUUCCGAGGGUGAGAGCUUGCGGCGUCUCGGCCUCGCGCACAACCAGCUGGCCACCCAGGCCGGCGCCACCACACCGUCAGCAGAAUCCUUGGGCUCCGAAGCCAGCGCCACAUCCGGCUCCUCUGCUCCAGGGGAAAGCCGGAGCCGGCUCCGCUGGGGUCUCUCUCGGCUGAGGAAGGACAAGGGGCAGUCCCAGCCAAACCUCUCUGGCAGCAUCCAGGAGGACUUGGGUCAGCAGUACGUGCGCAGUGAGUCAGACUUCCCCCCGGUCUUCCACAUCAAACUCAAGGACCAGGUGCUGCUGGAGGGAGAGGCAGCCACUCUGCUCUGUCUGCCGGCGGCCUGCCCUGCACCCCACAUCUCCUGGAUGAAAGACAAGCAGUCCCUGCGGUCAGAGCCCUCGGUGGUCAUCGUGUCCUGCAAAGAUGGACGGCAGCUGCUGAGCAUUCCUCGGGCAGGCAAGAGGCACGCGGGGCUCUACGAGUGCUCAGCCACCAACGCCCUGGGCUCCAUCACCAGCUCCUGUACCGUCGCCGUGGCCCGUGUCCCGGGGAAGCUCACACCUCCGGAGGUACCCCAGGUCUACCAGGACACGGCGCUGGUGCUGUGGAAACCCGGAGAUAGCCAGGCACCCUGCACAUACACGCUAGAGCGGCGUGUGGAUGGGGAGUCAGCCUGGCACCCCGUGAGCUCGGGCAUCUCUGACUGUUACUACAACGUGACCCACCUGCCCAUCGGCAUGACCGUGAGGUUCCGUGUGGCCUGUGUCAACCGUGCUGGGCAGGGGCCCUUCAGCAAUCCUUCUGAGAAGGUCCUCGUCAGGGGCACACAAGAUUCCUCAACUCUGCCAUCUGCUACUCUCCAAGACGCCCCUGUUACCUCAGGGCCAGCCAGGGCCCCACCUCCUGACUCUCCUACCUCACUGGCCCCAUCCCUUCCCCUGACCCCAGCUCCCUCAGCCUCCCAAAUAGCCACUCUCAGCCCUUCCUCUCCCUCAGCACCCCCCAGCCAGGCCUUAUCCUCACUCAAGGCCGUGGGUCCACCGCCCCAAACCCCCCCACGAAAGCACAGAGGUCUGAUGGCUACACGGCCAGCAGAGCCCACCCCACCCAAUGGCCAGGUCCUGCCUGGUGAGCCCAAGUCUUCCAUCCCUGAAACUGGGACCCGAACCCUAGCCUCCACCCCUCAAGGGGCUAAGCCAGCAUCUUCCUUGGCUCCCCAGUAUGUGGUGACUUCCUUUGUGUCAGCACCACCAGCCCCCGAGCCCCCAGCCCCUGAGCCCCCUCCUGAGCCCACCAAGGUGACUGUGAAGAGCUUCAGUCCAGCCAAGGAGGAAGUCAGCUCCCCCAGGCCAGAGGGUACUACACUUCGACAGGGCCCCCCUCAGAAACCCUAUACUUUCCUGGAGGAGAAGGCCAGGGGCCGCUUUGGCGUAGUGCGAGCAUGCCGGGAGAACACCACAGGCCGGACAUUUGUGGCCAAGAUCGUGCCCUACGCAGCUGAGGGCAAGCAGCAGGUCCUGCAGGAGUACGAGGUGCUGCGGAAGCUGCACCACGAGCGGCUCAUGUCCCUGCACGAGGCCUACAUCACCCCGCGUUACCUCGUGCUCAUUGCUGAGAGCUGUGGCAACCGGGAGCUGCUCUGUGGGCUCAGCGACAGGUUCCGGUACUCGGAGGACGAUGUGGCCACCUACGUGGUGCAGCUUCUCCAGGGCCUGGACUACCUCCAUGGCCACCACGUGCUGCACCUGGACAUCAAGCCCGACAACCUGUUGCUGGCCCCUGACAAUGCCCUCAAGAUAGUGGACUUUGGCAGUGCCCAGCCUUACAACCCCCAGGCCCUGCGGCCCCUGGGCCACCGCACAGGAACGCUGGAGUUCAUGGCUCCUGAGAUGGUAAAAGGAGAACCCAUCGGCUCUGCCACGGACAUCUGGGGAGCAGGCGUGCUCACCUACAUCAUGCUCAGUGGACGAUCCCCAUUCUAUGAGUCAGACCCCCAGGAGACAGAGGCUCGGAUCGUGGGGGGCCGUUUUGAUGCCUUCCAGCUGUACCCCAACACCUCCCAGAGUGCCACCCUCUUCCUGCGAAAGGUCCUCUCAGUGCAUCCAUGGAGCCGACCCUCCCUGCAGGACUGCCUGGCCCACCCAUGGUUGCAGGACGCCUACCUGAUGAAGUUGCGCCGCCAGACGCUCACCUUCACCACCAACCGGCUCAAGGAGUUCCUGGGUGAGCAGCGGCGCCGCCGGGCAGAGGCUGCCACCCGCCACAAGGUGCUGCUCCGGUCCUACCCCGGCAACCCCUAG